AUGCGACGGACACUUGCGCUCUUCCAGCAAGCACUCAAAUCCUCGUCUUCCCUUCCAGAACGAACCCGGCCAUUACUCGAGCACUUAACACCCCCUCGACGGCCACUGAAAGGAACAGGGACAAACACUGUAUCGCAGGCCCUAAAAUGGGCUACUCCUCCGCGGAACGUCCUUUUGGUUAACAAAGAUGAUGACAGAGUACGGAAUUCAUUAGUGACACUUGCACAUGCGAAUAGACACCUACAUGAUACAUAUCCAGGCGUCAACAUCCUCCUAGAACCUUCAGCUUCAGAAACAUUACGACAAGCACUACCAUAUGCCUACACAUUCGAGAAUAUCAGUGACCUACAUCGAACUUGCGAUGCCGUGAUCACGCUGGGAGGUGAUGGUACGAUUUUACAUGCUGCCUCACUCUUCAGCACAACGAAGGUUCCGCCAAUAUUGUCGUUCAGCCUGGGAACACUCGGAUUCUUGCUUCCGUUCAACUUCCGUGAUUUCAGAGAAGCGUGGGAGGAUAUGUACCAUGGUCGAGCACGAGUGCUCCGACGAAUGAGAAUUGGAUGCCGGGCCUUUACGUCCACUGGCAUUCCUAUUACUCGAGGUGUGUUUGGCGAAGGAGGGGCGGGCAUGAUUCAGCAAGCUAUGAACGAGGUCAAUCUACAUCGUGGUAGAGAGCCUCAUCUAACACUGCUGGAGAUCUAUGCGGACAACAAAUUUGUCACAGAGGCCGUCGCAGACGGACUUAUCGUGGCAACACCAACCGGAAGCACGGCAUAUAACCUGUCAGCUGGUGGACCAAUUGUGCAUCCAGGUGUGGACGCCCUCAUGCUGACCCCGAUCUGCCCGCGGAGUUUAUCUUUCCGACCCAUGAUCUUUCCGACAUCAACACGUCUACAACUACGGCUUUCUGAAAAAUCAAGGGGUGCAGCGGAAGUAAGCAUGGAUGGUCGGAUGGCAUGUGUUCUCAACCAAGGAGAAUAUCUGGAGAUUGGUGUGGGUGACGGCUUAGGCAUUGCACACAAGGAGGGUGAAGAAAGUGAGGACCGUGGUGGGAUUCUGUGUGUGGGUAGAGGAGAAGACGAUGGAUGGGUGCAGGACGUGAACGAGCUGUUACGAUGGAACCAGAGUUUCCAAGGGAGAACUUUGGCACAUGGAAACGGAGAGUAG